CGCCCUCUCGCCUUCGCCGUCCCAAAGUGGAUUAAUUAUACGCUUUCUGUUUCUCUCCUCGCUGUUCUCUCCCGCUGUGCGCCUGCCCGUCUCUCACUGUCCUCUCUCUCUCUCUCUCUCUCGCCCUCUCUUCGGCCCCCCCCUUUUCACGUUCACUCUGUCUCUCUCACUAUCUCUGCCCCUCUCUAUCCUUGAUACAACAGCUGACCUCAUUUCCCGAUACCCUUUCCCCCCCUAAAAGUACAACAUCUGGCCCGCCCCAGCCCGCAGACAGCCCGUCCUCCCCAAACAAUCAGACGAGUUUCCCACCCCCCCAAAAAAGCCAUCCCCCCGUUCUGCCCCGUCGCACAUUCGGCCCCCGCGACUCGGCCAGAGCGGCGCUGGCAGAGGAGUGCCCGGCAGGAGGGCCAACGCCCGCUGUUCGGUUUGCAAUACGCAGCAGGGAGGUGGGCGGCCCCUGCGCCGGCUUCCAGACACCGAUGGGGAUCCGAGUGGGAAAGUCGAUGCUGGGGCUGCUCGCCUUCUUGGCCUUCGCCUCGUGCUGCUAUGCUGCUUACCGCCCCAGUGAGACUCUGUGCGGCGGGGAGCUGGUGGACACCCUCCAGUUUGUGUGCGGGGACCGCGGCUUCUACUUCAGCAGGCCGGCAAGCCGCGUGAACCGCCGCAGCCGUGGCAUCGUGGAAGAGUGCUGCUUCCGCAGCUGCGACCUGGCCCUGCUGGAGACCUACUGCGCCACCCCCGCCAAGUCCGAGAGGGACGUGUCGACCCCUCCGACCGUGCUUCCGGACAACUUCCCCAGAUACCCCGUGGGCAAAUUCUUCCAAUAUGACACCUGGAAGCAGUCCGCCCAACGCCUGCGCAGGGGCCUGCCCGCCCUCCUGCGAGCCCGCCGGGGUCGCACGCUCGCCAAGGAGCUGGAGGUGUUCAGAGAGGCCAAGCGUCACCGCCCCCUGAGCGCCCUGCCCACCCAGGACCCCGCCGCCCACGGGGGCGCCUCUCUUGAGGCGUCCGGCCAUCGCAAGUGAGCCAAAUUGUCGUAAUUCUGCAAAGCGGCACCACCCACUCGUGACCUCCUCUUGACCGGACCUUUCCAUCAGGUCCCACCGCUGAAACCUCUGUACCGUCCUGUCUGCGGGCUCCCCUGACCUGGCCCCCGUGCCCCAACCUCCCCACGUCAGGCUGCUCUCUCCUCGGCCCCCUCCAUCGGGCUAAGGGAAUCACAACAAAAUCUUUAAAAAUGUACAAAAUCAAUUGGCUUUCGCCCUCUCUCCCAAAUUAUCACCCCCAAAUUACCCCCAAAUUACACAACCAAAAUUGCAAUCACAAACGUGUCGGCCCCCUUGAAACGAAUUGGCUUCUUAGCAACACCGGAAAAGCUAACUAGCUUUCCAGAAAACCCUAAAAAAAAAAAAAAUCAAUUAGCUGAAAAAAAAAAUACUAAAAAUAAAUUGGCUUCAAAACAAUUGGCAAAAUAAAAGAAUUCGGCCCCCACCCUUCCUUCUCGUUCCUCUCGGACCUGGACUUCAAUUGGCUGUGACUGACCAUCCAAGAGAAAGGAAGGCGCCAAAUUUGCAGGUAGGCUUGUCACUGCUCGCCAGCCAUCUCCCUCCUCCACCAACCCUCGCCGGGCUCUGGCCGUGUGACACCGAAGACCCAAACCUGUUCCUCCCCGUAGUUUCCAUCACUGAGACCGCUGUGGAGCCGUGGGGGGGCCCAGCAACACCCGGGGAGCGGUGCACGGGACAGAAAACCCGAAUUCGCGCAGAUAAAACUUAAUUGGCAUAAACGCCCACACGCUCCAAAAUUUUACGUCUGAAUUCUCACCUUUGAAAGCACACGCACCCACACGCAACCCUGCACGCGUGCGCGCGCGCACACACACACACACACACCCCCUCACACACACCCUCACACAUAUCCACAACCCUCACACACAUCCACACACGCGCACACACACACACACACACUCUCACACACAUCCACACACGCACACGCACACAUACACUCUCACACACAUCCACAACCCUCACGUGCAUCCACACACACACGCACACACACCCAUAUGUGUGGGAUACCCAAACCCAGCAUUGUGCAGAUGAGACCGCAUUCCAUCCCAAAUUCUUCUCUAAGCUGCCCUGCGAUGAGGUUUUCGCGUCCUGUGCUCCUCUCUGGUCCCCUGGGAUGCGCCCUAGGGUGGGAGGGUGUGUGUCCCAGGCUCAGGCGCGGGUGGUUCCAUCUUUCUGAGAUGAGGCAGAUCCCCCCUCCUUCUCGGCACCCGUCCUGACCCCACGGCACCUGCAGUGAGAGUCCCGAUGCCCCCAGACCCCACUGGCAUCCACGCACCUACUAUCGUGCUGAGCGAGGAACGGGUUUGGCCGGAGUGGAGAUGGCUGUGGCCAAGCAAGACAUGCCCUGCCGCGUCGCCUGACCCCCUAGGUGUGCUCCUGUGAGAUCUGGGGACACCCCCAGCACACCUAGGGCUCGCCUUUGCCAGCCUCCUGGGGGAGCCUGUCAGAAAUGAGGGCCCCCUGGAGACUGGCAAGGGUCAUGGGGAGUGUGGGAAGU